AUGGCACUUGUGGUGCCAUUUGUUGUUGUUUGGUUUUUCUUUCUUCUCACCGAGAUCGUCCGAUCGAAAACGUUAGCUUGGGUCGCAUUGAUCGGCGUCUUGUGCCAAGUCAAUGCCCAACAACAGCAACAGCUGCCCGCCGUCGACAGCAGCAGCAGGUGGUCGCGUCAAACGACCAACAGCGAGUGGAUCCCGCUGCCUCAUCCCAGAAACGGUCAAUUAUUGAACCAGCAGCAAAAACCGACACCGAUAGCCGGUCCGGUGCCACCGCCACCCUUCCGUACCCACGCCACCAACAAUGACAACAACCCCCAAGCCGCCGGCCAAGUGCCCGUGGUCUCGUUGCCGCCGGUACUGCAGCAGCAGUAUCACGAUCAGAUCCAUCAGCUGCAGCAGACUCAGGACAGCAUACAGAGGCUGCUGGUGCUGCAGCAGCAGCUCAAGGCUCAGCAGAACAUCUUGAACUCGAACGCCUAUCAGCCGAACGCCUACUCGAAUCCCGAGCAGCAGAAGCAAGCUCUCCACCAGAGCACGAUAACCAACGUGCAGACUCUGCCCGGCCUCGCCCCGGAGGUGCUCGUACCACCGGUCCCAUCGAAUCAAGCUCUGCCCCCGGUGUUCCAGGCGCAGAACUUCCACCAGCAGCAGCACCUCGCUCAGCAGCCCAAGUACAAGCCCGUGCUGUCGAACGGCCAGUUGAAUCAGGGACAACACCUGCAGCAGCACCUGCAGCUGCCGCAGCAACAGCAGCAGCAAGUCUUCCGCCAGAAUCUUCAAGAAGUUUCGAGUUUCCCGAGGAAGGAAAUUCCCAAGGAAUUCCCGUUGAAGCAGCAGCAGCCACAGCAGCAGCAGAAGCCCAAGAUCGUCAAGGACGAGGCGUCUCGCUUCAACUACGUGACGCCCGCGUCCGCUCAGCUCGGAGCCGACCAGCAAGAGGUUCAACUGGUGUACGUGCCAGCCGAGACUCUGGCCCAGCGAGGUCAAGCCAAGCUCAAGCAGCAAAGCACCCAGAGCGGCAGCACCAAGAACCUGAAUCCCUAUCGCCAGCACCACGAGGAGGUGUCCGUGACCCCGGCGAGUCCGGCCUACGACGCGUACGCCCGCGAGAUUCUGUACCAGCUGCAGAAGCAGCACGAGCAGCAGAACGCCUACCAGAACUUCGGCCGCGACAAGGAGCAGGUCAGACAGGAGGCGGUGGAUCGCGAGGUCGAGAAUCAGGAUCGUCUGAGGCAGGAGGCGGCACGCAAGGAGCAGGAGCUGGCGAGGAAGGAGCAGGACGCGACGAGGCAGCGCGAGGCGGAGAAGAAGCGGAAGCAUCUGCAGGAGAUCGAGGAGCAGCAGCGCCAGCGCGACAUCGAGAGUCUGAGGGACGCCAGGGAGAAGCAGAGACAGGAGAUGAGGAAGCUGGUGGCGGCGAAGAACAAGGACGACAGAUUCUCGGCCUACAACGAGAGGAAGGAGGCGUCCUCCGCGGCUAAGUUGAGAGAUCAGACGCAGCAGUCGCAGUCGCAGAACUACGAGGUCCAACAGCAUCCCAACACUUUCCCCCAGCAGCAGCAGUUCCAUCAUCAGCAUCUGACCGAGGUCACUCACAAGAACGUCAACACGGUGCCCAAGUACAAGCCGCUGCCCACGGCCAACAGCUACAGCCAGCCACAGGCCCAAGAUUACUACAACAGACAACAGCAGCAGAUGCAGGUCGUCGAGACGACGACGGCCCUGCCGCCACCGAAUCAACCUCCGCUCUCGGUCUACGCGAACCACCACCACCACCACAGCACCCAGGUCAAGAUCGCGGACGUCGUCAGGGCCCUGAAGAACGCCCGUACCAUCGCCGUGCUCGACACCUUCGGCCCGGACACCCCCAAGGUCUUCAUCGGCCCCCGAAAUCUCGAUCCACCCCAAGGCUACGCCAAGUUCGAUCUGCCCUAUCUGUCCUCGAUCGAGAACAAUCGCGUCGAGCGCAACAUCGACAAGCUGCCGUUCUUCGUGGCGCCGAUGAGCUACGAGCCCGCCCGGGGCGCCAACAAGAUACCGUUCCCGGCGCCGCACAUCGGCUCGGUGAUCGUCAACUCACUGGAGAACUUCGAUCUCAAGGAGACCCAGACCAAUCAUCAUCCGCAUCCGUCGCCCGUGAUCGAGCCCAACUCUUACCUCGUGAGUAAUCCACCCCUACCGGCUUACGACGUGAGUACACCCGCGUCGUCGUCGGUCUACGCCACCGAGUCCACGACACCGAGCUACGAGACUUCGGCUUCACCCGUGUUCCGCUACGAGACCUCCUCGCCGACUCCGCGCUACGAAUCUUCGACUUUGCCGCCUAGUCAGUUAACGACCAAGUGGAGAUUCAGGGACUACGGCGCCGAGAAGGCGACGACCGAGGCGCCACCCGCCUUCGUCACCACGUCUUACAGAGACACCUCCAGAGGCAAAUACAACGACAGGCCGAGCAAGGCCAAGAGCAAUUACUACAGCCAGAACGAGGUGUCGACCACCCCGAACUACUACAGCAGCCAUCCCAAGACGGUGUCGUCGUUCGCCUACGAGACCGUGCCGUCCACCACACCCGUCUACGACAACGUAGAACCCCAGCGUCAGAAGAACGUCGUCAAUCACCUGUUCGAGCAGACGUUCGGCUACAAUCGUCAACAAAAUCGCUACCAAGAACCCCAACAGGUGGACUAUCAGCAAACCAAUCAGAGGUAUCCGGUCGAUCCGGUGGGUCACUCAGUGAGCCCGACCUACUACCCGACGCAGACGCCCUCGUACGACGACCAGUCGCAGUACAAUCUGCCGGCCGAUUUGCCCGCAAUCUCGCCUCAAUUGCCGGGAUUGGUGAACGCUCUGGUCGAGAAACCCGGCCAGCUCGGCAGCUCGGUAUUGCCCGCGGUAUCGACCAUACCGACUACUAUCCCAACCACGACUACCACCACCACGACCACCGAAGCCCCGACGACGGUUCAGAGGAAUCGUUCCAGGCAAAGAGGUAGAGUAACCGCUUCCCGAGCGACUACGACUACCCAAUCGCCUCAGUCCUACCGAGGUGGCAACGCCGAACGACCGACCCGCCGACCGGUCAACCGAUCGAGAUCCCGCUUCACGACCACCACCACCACCGAGCAGUACCAAGAGGUCAACGACAACAACAGCCAGAACUCCUACGAACCCACACGCAGAAAUCCCUCGACGACUCCCAAGUACGAGGAGCAGCAGGACAGCGGCAAGGGACUGCGCAAGACCACCCCGAAAUCCUCGUUCAACUUCCGCUUCGGCGAGUACGAGCAGGAGGACGAGCGCGACGAUGGACUGAGAAGAUCGACGACGCCUCGUAGCCAGCUGUAUCAGAGAGAGCAGCUGGAGACCGAAUCGAUCCCGACUAAAUUUAUCGAGAAGCAACGAGAGCAAGUCAACCAGCAGCAAGUGUCCAUCGACGAGGUCUCGGUGAGCAAUCCGUCCUACCAGCAGGACGACUACUCGACCGUGUCAACGGCCUCGCCCACGCCCACCGAGGUCACCUUCCAGCCGCAACAUCGAUACAACGUCGGCUCCCAGGGCAUCGGCGCCGACUCGCUCCUACCCCUGGCCGGACUCGAGUACACCUCGCGCAAGGUCACCCUGGCCCCGCAGGUCUACUCGUCGAGCUCGGCCGCCUACGACGACACCCCCAGCACCGUGACCGAACAUUACCGUUACUCGACGACCCGAGACUACCCGUACUACAGCAGCAGUACCGCGGGCAGAACCGAGAGUCCAGUGUACGAGCCCGUGCCUACCACCGAUCUGCCGAGAGAGCAGUACUCGCCGGUCUAUCAGUCGUCCCACGAGGCCACGCCGAGGCCGAUCUAUCGCGACGAGCAGCAGCAGGUGGAGGAGGAGCAGCCGAUCUACCAGCCUAUCCCGCAGGAUAAGCAGGAGGAUUACACUUAUCAGACCACCGAGGCCGAACAGAUAGCCGAGACUACACCGUUGAGCACUACCCCAACUACGACGACAACGACCACCACCACCACCACCACGACGGAAGCACCAACGACGGUCAUCCGUCAAAAGGUACGCGGUCGCUUCGGUGCCCGGCCGGCCCAGCAACGCGAGCAGCAGGAGGCCACCAUUCAGACCAGACCGCGCGCCGGCGAGAGCGAGUUUGUGCGCUUCAGCGCGGUGAACCAGGACCGCGAUCAGGACCGUACAAGACCCACGUCAUCGUCCUCGGCAGCGGCGGCGAAUCGUCAACGCGGCAGAGGUCGACAGCGUCAGAGACUGCCCCAGCAGGAGACGGCCGUCGUUCAGACCGAGGGCCAGGAGUUCGUGAACAUCAGAUCGUCCUCGUCGUCGUCGCGCAACAGAUACACCACGACGACGACCCCGGCACCGGCCACUUACGCGCCGACCACCACCGUCUCGUCGAGCGAGGAGCAGCAGCGACCCUCGGAGUCGACCGAGGACGUCGCGCAGGACUACGGAUUCAUCAAGAAUCACAAGCCGAAUUACAAGUUGUCGGCUAACGCCAAGCCCAGCAGCUCGCAAUCGUCACAGAGCGUCGAGUCCAACGAAUCCAGCAGCAGCAGCGUCGAGAACGGCAACUCGCCCCAGUCGCAGCUCCUGAAGAACCGCUCCAAGUACCUGAGCGCGGCGCGUCGUCAGCCUGGCAACUUUGCCGGCCGCUCCACCACGACCACUAGCACCAACGCCAGUCCCUCGACGACGACCCCUAGAUCGUCCGAGGAAUCGACCACUCGUCGGGUCUAUCUGAGACAGCGUCAACAGCAGCAGGCCAACUCGGCCAACGCCAACGAGGAGGCGGUCCGCCAGGGCAAGACCCAGAGGCCGAGACUGCGCAAGAACGGAAUCGGCGGCAGGCGUCGCGUGAGCACGACCACCACGACGAGCACCGAGGCUUCGGUCGAGGACAACAACGAGCUGCCCCAAGGACAGGAUAACGCCGACGACAGCAGAUACCCGCAGGACUUUGUGCUGAACUACGGAGCCACGCAGAGCUUCCACAGGGACGAUUACGACCAAGCCCAGCUGGCCAGCGACAGGUCACGCUCGCAGCACUCGCGCUCGCGCACCAGCCCGGGCCGCCACACCGACAUCUACGGCUCCGAGAGCCAGUGGUCCACCAAGUUCAACGGCAAUACCUACCAGCAGCCCAACAGCUUCGACGCCAACGACGAAAAACCAUCCACGGUAGAUGCCGAGAAAGCCGGCGUACAACCCGAAAACAACGGUAGCGAUGAUUCCGGCAGCAACAGCAGCGGUUCGACCUCGGCCAGCACCGAGGAGACGACCAACAACCUCACAAGCUCCGAGGAGAGCGCCAAGAAGACCCUGAGCACGAUGACCGAGGACUUCGGCAAGAAGCAGACCGAGAACGGAACCCAAGAGGAGGAGGAGAUCAAGGAACCCGCACAGGGUACCGAGGUGAGCAGUACGCCCGAGGGUAGUACCAGCACCAGCACCACUACUACCGAGAGCACUAGCACGAGCACGGCAAAAGCACUUUACGGCAAAUAUUCGGGCAAGAAGGGUACGCAGAGAAGGAAGCGCCUGAGGGCACGCCCGAAGCCCACUCCCAACACGCGUCACUUGCAGACUUCCACCCUGAUCGACGAGUCCGUCGUGUCGAUCGGCUCGACCGAGUUCCGCAACUUCUACGUGUCCACCAGACAGCCCUACUGGCGCCCGAGAGGCACCGCACCACCGUCCACGACGACGACUCAGUUCGCAACCCAAUCCACAACUCCGUCAACGAGUACGACGGUAACGACGACCACUAGCACUACCACCGAGGCACCGACCACCGAAGAGAAAUCCGCGUUCGAGUCUUUCCUCGACAAGAUGUUGGGCGAGAGCGAGGAUGAAGCGACCAUGACCACCGAGGUACCGUCGACCGAGCCGUCUUCCUCGACCACUCCCUCGUCGACGUCGAUGAGUCCCGAGGACAUCUGGACGAUGGCCGCCGCCACCGACAUGCCCUUCGACGAGGACACGAUGACGACGCUGAGCGAGCAGAACUACAACAACGACGACAACGACGAGAGAUACACCACGAUCAACGACGAUGGCACCGAAAUGCCGACGACGGUCUACGUUGCCCCUACGACCACGGCUAAGCCGAGCACGACUCAGAGCACCACGACCACGACGACAACGACGCCAAAACCAACGACCCAAGAGGACGACUCCAAGAGCGGGGAGAAUUCGGUGAGCUCGAUCAGUCAAGAGAACUCGCUGAACUUCUUCGCCAACAAGAGCCCGGCGCUCAAGGAGUAUCUGCAAUCGAAGAAAGCCAACGCCGACGGCCAUCCCAACAAUCACCGCUCCAAGUGGAGCGAGGUGCGCUACCCCACGGACAAGUCCCUCUUCAAGUGGAACCCCAAGAGCAAUCAGACCGGAAGUUCCACGGAGGAGAACAGCAGCAGUAGCCAAUCGACCGAGCAGAAGCCGGACAACAACCAAGUCAGCGACUACGUGCAGGCCAUCUUCGAGAGCAUCAAGAGCGCCGAUCAGGAGCCCCAAGCGGCCAAACCCUACCAGAGCAGCCGACAAGAGAAGGAACUGCUGACCGAGCCACUGACGGUGUUCAAGACGUCGGUGUCGUCGUCGAGUCGCGUCGUCGCCGGCCAGCCCCAGGUGGUGAGCUUCAGUCAGCUGCGCGACGCCAAGACCAAGGGCACCUCGAGCAGCGCGAGAACAGUGACCUUCGGCCCGUUCGUGCCGUCCCUGGGCGUGGACAAGCUCUCGGGCAUACCGACGAAGAAGGUGCCCAGCUCGCUGGACGCCAAGUCGCUGAAGAACGUCGACGCCGCCGCGGCGGCUACGAAGGGAGCCGACCAAAUGACCGAGAUCUGCUAUCGCGGACGUUGCGUCAUGAAGGGCGCCCGAUGAGCAGCAUAGAGAGGAUGAAAAUCGAUCAAAAAAGUUUAUAUGGAAACCCCGGAGAGACUGGAAGUAACGUGUCUGACCCUUGACGACCCCUCUGUACAAAGUGAUUAUUUCUCCGCGAUGAUUUUGCAGCGCUGCUGCGUUUUGCGAGUUCCCAUGUGUGUGUGUGUCCGAACUCGCGAAACGCUUCGCGCGAUCAAGGGUUCUGCGAACUACUUCCAGCCUCGAUUAAUAAUUUAUCUUUCGACCAUUCGACUAUAUUCGCGCUUUGAAUCUCCAAUAAAACAUAAAUAAAAAAUUCAUUUGCCGAUCGGAGUAAAUAAUAUAUAAUAAUUUCAUGACUUCGGGGGCCAUCGAUCGCUGUGUGAAAAGCUCGACGCUUAAAAAUGCCUGAACGCACAAACAGACUUGUAUAGAAGAAAAAAAAGGCGCGAGCAGCGUUUCAAUUUUUUUUCAUGCACACAACAACAAAAAAAACAAACAACUAAU